UUAUCAAAUAUACCACUCUUUGGUCUAGAAAGAAUACUUUUUGAUAUUACAAUGAGAGUGAAUAAUCAACGGCUUGUCCACCAACUCUUUGAAAACGCGAGUGCCGGACGAAGCACAACAAGAACGGUCAACAUAAUGUCAUUGUGCGUGGCCUGGUGCUCAUAUAAUAAUAAUUAUUAUCAUGUUGAGACAGCCAGUGCGACAGUGAUACCGAGCCUGUCAAGUGUCAGCACGAAAAUGGUCUACAUGUCAAAUGACGAGGUUCAGCUCGCUCAAUGAUUUUCGUCCAUCGAGAUGCUGUUAGCGUUAGCGGGGCACGGCGUGUACAAUGUCGACACGUUCAAAAUUGCCCUCUUCUUCGGAGAAAAUGAGUUUCAGCCGACGGCUUGACACGCCAGUGGACACCUCGACAUAAAGAUAUGACCGCUAAUACAAACCCAAAUGCUAUGGUAUUUGAACUGACGGCUGGGGUGACGGUUGAGUUUCUUCUGAUCCGAACGUUUAGUGAGUACUUUCGCAUUGUUUCACAGUACCAAUAACGUUCUUGCUCAAUAGGCUUCAAUCCAGCCAUUUUCCUGCAUCACUCGUAUUUUCUACCAGUUGCAACUGUUCUGUUGAGGACUCAGUACUAUACUGCGAUGUCGCAGCAACCUUGUCCACCGCGUGUGUCCGAAGGACUUGAAGGUGAAAGAAGAGGCGUUUCCGCGUUACGCUGAGACUGAUUCAUUGGUGGAACACAUUCGCCGUUCGCAGUCUACAGCUGACAAGCAACUCGCUUCGCCAAAUACAGCAAGAACCUACGGAUAUCCUAGUCCAGUCACGAACGAUCCUGUGAACGACUAGCGCGCGUAACCGGCAAUGGCCAUGAUCUCGCGGUGGAGAUCAAUGGAGUUGUUGCUCGCUGUAACCGCCAUGCUGUUCUUGUCGUCCAUGAUUCAGACGAACAAAUGCAGAGCACAGACUCUCAGCGACACCAACUCCACUGCUGCAACACUGUCUGCCAAAUCAGCAGCGACGACUUCCACACCGUACACAUCCACCACCGACCUUCCGUACCUGGAAAACAUCGACUGCUUCACUGGUGAUGGUUAUGAGUAUGUUGGAAACCGAUCGCACACUACGUUCGGUCUUACCUGUCAAUCAUGGUCCAUGAAGGAUGCUCAAGAUGCUAAUCCUACAUUUUCGCCCGGAGAUCCUGGCCCGGGUGAUUUCUGCCGCAACCCGAAGACCAACCCGGACCUUAAACGAGUGCGGCCGUGGUGUUUCACAGCAAGCGGUCUGUCAUUCUGGCAGUACUGCGAUGUGCCACGAUGCGGUGAGACAAAAAGCCAGUUGAAACCAAGUGGACACUGCGAACAGCUAACACCGGCAUCAAGGCAGUGCAACAUUGCAUACGGAAAAGGAGCAUCUGUUUUCAUAGGCGAUGGUACGAGCCUGCGUGGAGUCAGCAACUUGGUACAAUUGCUGUACACGUACUCCGAGAACGCGUUCUUCCGGCAAGCUUGCUUGGAUCUAGCUAAUCACGCUCUCUGCGCCAUAUACAUGCCGAAGUGCGAUAAUGACUCACUGCCGUUGCGUCUGUGCCGCGAGGACUGCGAGACACUGGUUUCAGUGUGUCCGCUCGAGUGGGGACAGAGCAUCUCCAGCUCUGAGUCACUCAAUGACCUGAACGUGGUGCUGCCAAAGUGCGAAGAGCUGCCGUCCGCUCACAAUCCAACAGGGUACGACCGGUGUAUGUUGCAAAACUAUGUGCUGAACCAGACAGCAUCAUGCUACCGUGAUUCUCUGCCACUGGACUACAGUGGCACAAUUAACACUACAGUCAGUGGUAAGCCAUGCCUUGCCUGGUACGAUGUGCCAGCUUUUCGGCCAAGGCGAACCAAUCCGCUGCGAUACGUCUUCAUGCUGAGCGAUGCAGGGAACAACUGCCGGGACCUGGAGGCCCGCGCCCAGCCCUGGUGCGUGACAGCCUACAGCACAGAUGACGAUAACAAUACGCGCUACACAUGGGAGUAUUGUGAUGUUCCUAAGUGCGGUGAUAGUCCAACAGGUGAAGAUGAUGAGCGGAACGUGGCACUGGUUGUGGGCAUCAUAGUGCCCUGCUCCAUCGUCGGUUCUCUUGCCGUCUUCCUGCUGGCACAUUGUGUUUUCGUCAGCAAGAGAAAGCAGCGGGUUUACCCAUGCGAUUCCUGUACGGACCUUGCUGGCAACCGAGAUGAGGAUCGCCGAAAACUCUUUCCUCAGUCUGCUGUUCCGGCCAAGCAAUCCGAGUGGAUGAUGUCGAAGUCGCGUACACGAGAAGGUCGAAGAUCCAUUGAUGCUACGUCAAUGCAUCACCUCAAGCCAAUGCAGCGGUCUUCGUCUAUUUCGGAGCUUGCAAAAAACUCGGUACUGCAACUCGGCGCGCUGCCCGCUCUCCUCAGUCAGAGCGCACGGUUUGAAGAUCUUGCCAAAGACGAGGAGCGCCAGCUGAAAAUGGCUGCCCUGUCAGAGGAGCUCCGGCACCGGGAUGUCACCGCACAUUCCCUGUCAAUUCAGACAAUGCUGGGAGAAGGAGAAUUCAGUAGGGUUUUCUGUGCUGCUUUGAAGGAGAGGGAGAAUGAUGCACCGCAGACGGUUGCUCUAAAGUGUGCCAAAGAUGCCUACCUGAAGGACUCUGUCAUUGCCCUGUUAGAGGAAGCAGUGCGAAUGAGCGAGCUCCACCACCCACACGUCAUGUGGAUGGAAGGCAUCUGCUUGGAGAGUGGACUGUCCCUGGGAACGGCCGACGCGAGAAUGGCCGACAGUAGCAGCAAUGGUGACAGUCCAAUAGCUGCUGCUACCAGCAAUCACGUUCCCUUAGCUGUCCUGAAUGACCUGCAGAAGUCACCGUUGCUGUUGCUGCCGCUCAUGGAACUUGGAGAUCUAGGUUCAUUACUCAAGGCAUCCCGCUCAAAUCCAUCACAUUUCCCCACCUGGCUGACAAAUCACAGGCUCAUUACAAUGGUGAAGGAGAUUGCGGAUGGCAUGACUUACCUCGCCGAGCAGAACUGUGUCCAUCGAGACCUAGCCGCCAGGAAUUGCCUUGUGCGUAAGGACUACACGGUGGUCAUUGCGGACUUCGGUCUGAGUCGGGCAAUGGACGACGGCUCCUACUACCGGCAGCAGAACACUACACGCUUGCCGGUCAAGUGGUUGGCACCGGAGUGUCUGCAUGACCGUGUCUUCACAAGACGAUCGGACGUGUGGGCUUUUGGCGUCACCACGUGGGAAGUGUUCAGUCUGGGUCGUAUUCCUUAUCCCGGCAUUUCCAACUUUGCAAUACCCGGCUACUUGAAUUCAGGUGGUCGGCUUGACAAGCCGUCACUAUGUCCGACUGAAAUUCAUGCGCUGGUGGAGGAGUGCUGGAAUAUGAACCCAGCUGAGCGUCCCCUGAUGUCCAGCCUUCUCCAGUCAGUGACGAAGAUCCUGCUAAACUAUGGAGCGGACACAGAGGCUGGUUUGCGUCUAGGACCAACCGGUGUGAGUGUGGAUGAGUAUGUUGAGAUGCAGCCCCUCAGUGAAGAUGAACUCUAGCCACCAUAGCGAGGAUAUGCUUAGCAGUGUUGGGCAUCACGCAGUACGAUGAACAACUGAGCAAUGGCGCCUGAAUGGCGGUCACGCUACAUAUCCCGAGUGCGAGCAUUGGUCAGAGCAGACGAUGCUCGGCUCAAGUUACCCGAAGGCUUCUUCUAACCAGCUACUGGUGAUGUGCCUGUCAAUGCAGAAACACUUUGAUCUUCACAUAGCUUAAUCUCCAGCAAAUAAUAUUGGCAAAAUCAGUGCGCACUUGUCGUUCCUCAAGUGCUCAUAAUCCUCCAGGAAUUGCCAGAAGGUUCAUUAUUGAAUCUAUCCAAUUUAGGCUCUCCGUAACGUGUGAGCAAACUUGCCAAAAGGAACCCGUGACAUAAUUAUUGCUUUGCUUGAGAAGGAAUACUUCCUAUCAUCUUGAUCCGCCGUAAAACUCACUAUUUCUUUUUAAAAGGUUUAUCAACAUUAUUUACACUGAGGUAGCUCGUAGGCAAUCUUCUUUGGCCAGAACUGCAAAUCAGGAUGUAUAUUCAAACCGAGAUCGGGACAAUGACAUACCUGGCUAUGAAAAUGAAUACAAUUGUACCUGUGAA